AAUAAAUCAGGCAAACUUGGUGUUUCUGCUUGUGUUUUCCCAGAUUUGCUUCAAAUCCAAUUUGCCAGAUGGGACAUAUGUUAAAAACACUCCCCCUUUAGUUUUCAGAGGGAAAGUUACCGAGCUGCAAGGAGGAAGAACCAACAGUUUAAAAGAAACACACCAAAAUCAUUAAGUAAUCAAAUAUCAUAAUUUUCUUGCACCACUUGUUCUUGGCCACAGGCGUCAUAUUCCGGUGGGUGAGAUGUCGCAUCUCACUUCUGCUUUGUGAUGACAAACACUCCCACUAAUAAGUUUCGUUUUAACGCCACAGCUACUUCAUCUUUCUCAGUCGUCCUCGUCGUCUUUCCACGACGUUGGAAUCAUCAUUGGCACAAAAAAGAAGAAUCUUGUAAAAUCAAGAAUUAAAUGAAUGAAAACUGUUCUCGCUCUUCUGAUGUUUCCUUUGCAUUGAGGUCUUAAAAUGCAACGAAAGCAAGAAAACCAAGUGUCAAAGGCAUCACAUCACACCCUUCAUCUCCACACUGAGCCACGUUUGGAUUUUUCGGGAAUAUUUGACCUCUUGACAAGAGUUACAGACCGAUGAGAAGCUCAUAGGCUCUGAUGAGGAGAUUCAAGUCACUACAAGGGAGUGGCUUUCAACCAACAAGAGGAAGUCCGGACUCUGAAAGAAGCAUUAGUCGGAAGCUUUGACAGUCGCAGUGAGAACGAGGGAAAGACAACAAGAAAGAGAAGUGCGAUGGUUGAAUUUAAGUGGACUGAAUUGAAUCAAAUCUCUUUAUUUCUGAUCCUGGUGCUUCACUUCAGAGCAAUAAAAGGACGAGAUCCCCACCUCACCGUCAUUGUCGGAGAUGAAGUGACGUUGCCUUGUGAAAACAGGACCGAAGAUCAGCUCAAGUGUAACGGUACAAGUUGGCUCUUCAAUGAGAGGCCACGGUCGCCAGCGGUGGAGCAGAUCAAGCUCGGGCAGGUCGUUGAACAAGCCAGAACCAAAUCAGACAGACUGAGUGUCACAGAGGACUGUUCUCUGGUUGUGAAGAAGGUCACGGUCAAGGAUGCCGGUCUGUACGCCUGCAGACAGUUUAACAAAUCCGGACAACAACAAGGUUCAAGUGCUCUGGUUUAUCUGUCUGUUAUUAACAUUCAUGUGGGCGAGGAUGCGAUGACGAUAACGUGCUCCGUGUUGACAUAUGAACACUGUGGACACACGGUGGAGUGGUUGAACACGGGCGUAAAGGACGAAUGGCAGAGUUCGCAGGUUUCCUGCUCCAGCACUGUGACAUUCAAACCUUCUCUUCCUCAUCCGAAGUAUGAGGAGUCACUGAGGUGUAGAGUGACGGACAGGGAUGGAGGGAACCUGCUGCUGUGCAGCGUCUCCACUCAGUCCCCGUGUGAGAAAAGGGGAUCGUCUGUUGACUUGGUGGAUUCGAACGAACGAGAUGACGGAUGUCAGAAAGCCAAUCAAAAAUGUUCUUCAGUGUCGUCGUACUCUCCUCAUUGGUGGUGGUUCAUUAUUGGGGCAGUGGCUUUAGCAGCCCUGUGUGUUGUAGCGCUCAUCAGGUGGAGAAGAACCAACGGGAACAAAACACGGAUGGAUGACGACGCUAAACCGAGCUCAACCCUCGCAGUGACACAGGCUCCAGCAACGAGUCAGGACACGGCUGACCCUGCAGAUGUUGUUUCCUACGCCUCCGUCAGCUACAUCAAGAAGACCAGCAGUAAAGCCCGGGUACAAGUUAAAGAUGAUGAUGACGAAGGUGAUGCAGUGACAUACAGUGCCAUAAACAAUUCCUCUUGGUCAGCUGGAGUCUCCGUAGAUCACGACUAUGCAACCGUCAACAAACCCAAUAAAGUUACAUCUAAUAUUAUUACAUUGGUUCAUGAAUCUGAUGACAAAUAAGAAAGCCAUGUCAGUUUUAUUUGCCUUCUCUUUCACACUGUAUGAAUUCAUAUCUUUUUAUACUUAAUCAUAAUGCUUUUACCCAGUGAUUUAUAGUUAUUGAUACAUGAAGGAGAUUAUAAGUACUUGAAGUUCUGCUGUAUCUGGCUGCUAUUAUCUUAAGUUUUAUUUUAUGACCAUGAUUUAAUUUUCACGGUCAUUUUCAGUAAUUGAUGUUGAGAAGAGGGUGCUGUAGGUGAACUAGUGCAAUGUGAGAAGUAGAAACCAGCACAUUCAUAUAUUACAUGAUAUAUAUAUAUAUAUAUAUUUUGCUGUCCAGCAGUUUAUCAGGACCAGUAAUUGAUUUUUACCUGAAAAAACAGUCAUGUACUUAUUUACGAUCAGAUGAUGAUUGUUGAGUUUCAUGGUGAUUUUUGUUGUAUCUUUGUUUGUGUAUUUUCCAUUACAAAUAACAGUCUUCAUUGUAAAAGAUUGGUCAGAUUUCUUUCUUUCUUAUGGUUUUUUUAGAAGGCGAAGAAACAAACUAAUAGGAAGUGGUUUGUAGCCUCUUGUAUCAACAAUGAAUAACCUGACACUCAUUUGAAACUACUGAAUCACAAGUAAAAUUGUAGUUCACCAAUGAGGAUAUGUUUUCUCUUUUUUUCUUUUCUUUUUUCUUUAGCUUUAUAAAGUCUUUUUUAUACAGUUUUCUUCUAUUUUAUAUUUAUUUAUAUAUCCCAAAACAUGCAGGUUCAGUUAAUUGAGAUUCUGAAUUGACCAUAGAUGUGAAUGUGAAUGUGAAUGUGGUUGUUUGUGCUUAUGUCGGCCCUGUAGUGGACUGGCGUCCUGUCCAGGCUGUACCCCACCUCUUGUCCAAUGUCAGCUGGGAUCACAACUAUGGAAAGCCGUUUGAGCAUUUAUUCCUUAUCCUUCAUAUUAGACAUCAGGUUGCUCCACUAGUUUGCUCUUUGUCAGCACAAGUUGGACAUUCAGUCCUACUAGUCUGUCUUUUUCAGCAACUAGUGGCACUUUUGUCCUACACUACUUCCAACACGAGCCUUACUAGUAAAACCAAAGUCCCAACUAGUCCGCUUUUUCACACACUACUGGCAUGUUACUGUCUCUUUAAUAGAAAUAGUUCUCUGUAUGGCUUUAGAGUCUGUAAGUGGCUUUGAAGUUUGUUAGUUCAUAGCUUUCAAGUUAGCCAGUUAGUUCAGUUGAGGCUCAAAGACCGACGAUCUACACUAUCUUCUAAUCGUAGUACACUUUUCUGUAUGGUCUGUACUGUCACUGUGGGUGAACUGAUACACGUUAGUCACAGGAAGGAAAAUCGCCACAUUGCACCGUUAAGAAAAAACAGACGCAGAAAAGCCAAGAAAAACAGACAAAGAGGAACAAUGGUUGAAUUCAAAUGGAUUAAAAUGUUUUUAUGUGUGACACUGGUGCUUCAGUUUACAGUGACUGAACAGAGGAGCACUGACGAGAUGACAUUCACCUGCUCGGUGUGGGCGUAUGUGUCUACACACAGUGAAGUGGCUCCUUAAGGGCGGAGACGUGGAUGAAGACAACGACGACCUGAGUACGCAACAGUCUGGCUGCUCAGCCACUGUGAGCUUUAAAGCUUCUAAUUUUAUUAACAAGUCAAAGAUACUGACAUGUGAAGUGACGGAUGGUUUCACUGAGGAAGAGCAAAAAGUUUCCCUUUAGGCCUCGCUCAUCAGGUGAGAAUCCCAUGGAAUAGAACAAGCUAUUCCAGAGCUGAAAAAUUGCAUCAUAAGUAGAAGAGUCAACGCCGAGCUGCUCGACAACGCGCCAACAUAAAAAUAGCAAAUGACAUAAGCGGACAAUAUGUCACUGUGGGGGAACAGACACGCGUCAGUCACAGGAAGGAAACGCCACAUUGCACAUUCUGCUGAGAAAGAAAGCAGCAAAGACAAGAAAAGAGAAGCCGCCAAGGAACAAUGGUUGAAUUCAAGUGGAUUAAAGUGUAUUUGUGUGUGAUACUGGUGCUUCGGUUUACAGCGAUAACAGAACAAAAAGAUCAGUCCGUCGUUGUCAGAGCUGGAACUAGAGUGACUUUGCCUUGUGGACUUGAGGAUCGGGAUAACUGUGAGAACACAGACUGGCUCUUUGCUAAAUUGCAGCAGACCAGUCCAGUAGAGCUGGUCAGAUCUGGCCUGCUCCAGACAUCUGCGAGUUCCAAAUCCAGACCAGAGAGGAUGCGUGUUACAGGAAACUGUUCUCUGGUUGUAAAGGAGGUCACAGCUCAGGAUGCUGGUCUAUACUGCUGCAGACAGGAUGAAGACGGGAGAAUGAAAUAUGCUGUAGUUUAUUUGUCUGUCGUCAAUAUGACCGAACAGAGGAGCACUGAUGGAGUGACACUCACCUGCUCAGUGUGGGCGUAUGGAGAGAGCAGAUGCACAGUGAAGUGGCUCUUAAAGGGCGGAGACGUGGAUGAAGACAACGGCGACCUGAAGACGUCACAGUCUGGCAGCUCAGCCACCGUGAGCUUUAAAAGCUCUCAUUUCAUUAACAAGUCAGAAAACUACGAGCCACUGACAUGUCAAGUGACGGAAGGUUUCACUGAGAAACUUUUUCUCUUCAGGCCUCGGUCAUCAGCACUUGGAGACAACGAGACGACAACAGAGUCAGAAGAUUGGUGGUGGUGGUGGUGGUGGUGGAUGCGCAUCGUUCUGGCUGUGGGCUUAGCAGCAGUCGUAAUAACUGUGGAGGCUGUACUCAGGUGGAAGAGAAGUAAAGAUGGGAACAUUCAAAGAUGAAAGAAAAGGUUUAGGAUGAUGACGAUGAUGAUGUUGAUGAAGAUGAUGAUGAUUAUGAUGAUGACGAUGAUGAAGGUGAUGCAGUGACCUACAGCGCAGUGAGAGAUUCCUCUUCCUCGGCUGGAGCCUCCUCACAUCCCAGCAGCCUCUAGGCUUCCGUCAGCGAACCCCCCCCAAAAAACAGGACACAAUAUAGUUACGUGUCAUAUCAUUACAUUGGUUUUUAAAUCUGAUGAAAAAUAAGAAAACCAAGUCAGUUUUUAUUUGCCUUCUCUGUCACACUGUAUUAACUGAUGUCUUUUAUAUAUAACGUUUAUGCUUUUACUAGUCAUUUUUAUAGAUAUUGAUACAUAAAGGGAAAUAAAAAAAACUUGAAGCACUGC